AUGGCGGAACAAGACGUCUACAGCAGCCGGCUGUCGACGGGUCCUCUCCCCGUCGACAGGGCAGCAUCACACCUCCCACAAACCAGCGGCGCCGAACAAGACCUCUACGGCUCCCGCUUCAGCUCAGGCUUCGACAAAGCCCGCCAGCAAAUCCCACGUGUCGGACAGGCCGCAGGCACCGCCGCCGAGCAGGACCUCUACGGCUCGCACUUUUCCACGACCACGCAGUCGUCCACCGCGGCAGCCCUGGGCCUCCUGCAAUCCGCCGCCCUCCCCUCCUUCACCUUCCACGCCGCAUUCUCAACAAUCGCAUAUGGUAUCUCCCGCUACACCGACCGCGCCGAGGGCAAAGACUGGUUCUGGCCUACCGGCAUGACCCUCAACGCCUGGUACAGCGCAAUCGGUUCCAAGGUUCUCAACGAUGGCCUCUCGCUCUCCGCAGCCUGGUCAACCCUCAACUACCCGGAGAAGCUCCUCCUCACCGGCGUAACCGCCUGGGGCGUGCGUCUCCUCCACCGCAUCGCAACCCGCUCCAUCGCGCGCGGAAAAGACGACCCCCGCUACGACGCAGCCAAGAAGGACCCCGGCUUCUGGAACAAGUCCCUCUUCACCAUGUUCCUCCCCGAAGCCGCCGCGCAGACCCUCAUCUCCCUCCCCUUCGUCCUCCCCUACCGCGCAACAGCUGAAUCCGUGCUCUCCUCCCCGCUCACCUCCCAGCCCGGCUGGUUCCACGCCCUCGCCGUCUUCCUCUUCAGCACCGGCUUCGCCAUCGAAGUCCUAGCCGACAAGCGCCUGGCAGCGCACAAGAAGAACGGCGACGUCGGCGUCUGCCGCGACGGCGUGUGGAGCAUCGUCCGCCACCCCAACUACCUCGGCGACGCGCUCAUCCACUUCUCCUUCCCGAUCCUGUUGCUCGGCGCCGGCCUCUUCCACCCCCUUGCCGCGCUGGGCCCCGUUGCAAACUACGUCUUCCUGCGCUUUGUCGGCGGGGACCGUGAGAACGAGGCUACGCAGGCGGAGCGCUAUGCGAAGGAGGACCCCAUCAAGGCGCGUGACUUUGCCGAGUACCGCGCUGAGAAGAACAGCUUUUGGCCGAGCGUUAAGGAGCUCGGCAACAAGUGGACUUGGGCUGUUGUGCUGGCUGGUGCUGGGGGUGUUGUUCUUGAGAGGGGGAUUCGCUCUGUUUGCUAA